AUGUAUUGUUUACCAAUACUAAUAUUUUUAUUAUCACUACAGACUUCUUACAGCGAGUUAUCUUCUGAAUUUUCGACUGAAAAAGCUAUUCAAUACUAUUUACUGACUGGAGGGACCUAUACGAUCACACCACAACCUUGUGUAGAUAAGGCUCUUGAUGCUGAUGGUGAUUGGAAAAUUAUUGCUCAUAACAACGUAGGUUUAUAUCGCUUUUGUUAAUUCUUAUACAACUUUAAAACUGAAUUACUCACUUUAAAAGUAAGCUUUAUGAAGUGUCAUUUCUAGAGCAUUGUGUGUGACUCUUGGAAUCAAACAUGUGGAUAUCUUGUAGUGCAAUCAGAUGUUUACAAGCAAAUUAUCGUUACUUACAAGGGUUCUGUUGGUAUGUCCUUAAGAUUACCUUACGUGUUCUUAGCUUUAAUAUUAUAAUAUAUUUUGGGUUAGACUACUUUCUAACAAUGUCUAUAUUUCUUUAGGAGAACAAGUGACAGAGCUCGUAGGCUACACAUUCGUUCCACGUCAACCACUUGGUGCCGGUCGAGUACAUCUCUACAUGUACUUGGCGCAAAAUGCGACAUGGUACGUUUUUUAAUGAUCUUUACCGAAAUAUGACAUUUUAUGUUUUAGGCCUACGAUCUCUGCCAUUUUGAAUGAUACAGAUACGGCCGACUAUGACGUCAUCUUCUCAGGACAUUCCCUAGGUGGGGCUGAAGCUGUCAUCAGUGCUGUUAGGGUUGUUGAUGAGGGUAUCAAAGACUCUAGUCAAGUUCGUUCUUUUACUUAAAAAUAUGAGUACAGUAUCUUACUGCCUUUUUUAUGGUACUAUAUACAUACAUUUUUAGUUUUGACAUACGUUUUCCAGGUUCAAGUAUGGACAUACGGUCAGCCACGUGUGGGGAAUGCUCCGUUUUCGAAUAACUUUGACGAACUCUUCCCUACAUCGUACCGAGUAGUUAAUAGGAAAGACAUCGUUCCUCACGUGCCACCGUGCGACGCAAAGUUAUUAAAACAAUGUUGGCCGGCAGUGUUAGGGUACUAUCAUCAGAGCACAGAAGUCUGGUAUUAUGAUGGCUUUUAUGCUGAGAACAGCACUUAUAGGGUAAAUAUUGAAAUUUCACUUGCUAUUUUUUACGUUAAAUUCUCUUUUUUAUAAGAUAUUUGUAGUAAUAUCAUUGUAGUGAUAUUUUAUAAUUUUGAAAUCUAAUUGUACAUUUUAAGAUAUCAACUGAACCAGAGGACCCAAAUGGCUCCAACAGUCUUAUCUUUGACUACGAUGCAGCUGACCAUGCUGGCGAAGACGGAUACCUACACUUUGACCCUCAAGUAUACGGUUUGAGCAACUGUGCUGAUGAAUAUUGGCCAGGAUAA